AUGAAUCUCUAUGAUGAUGAUGUUGCUAAACAGCUUCAGCAUAUGAUAGCAUUUAUUCAACAAGAAGCAGCUGAAAAAGUUGAAGAAAUUGAAGUAAAAGGUGAAGAAGAAUUUAAUAUUGAAAAAAGUCGUUUAGUUUCUCAACAACGUAUUAAAAUAAUUGAAUAUUAUGAUAAAAAAGAAAAACAAAUUGAAUUACAAAGAAAAAUUCAACAUUCAAAUUUAGCUAAUGCAAGUCGUCUUUCAAUUCUUAAAGCACGUGAUGAUUAUAUUCAAGCUUUAAAAGAAGAAACAAGAAAACAAUUAACUAUUUUAACACAAGAUCGAGUAAAAUAUAUAUAUAUUAUUGUUAAUCUUAUUACACAAGGUCUUAUUGUACUUAUGGAAGAAAAUGUUAUGAUCAGAUGUCGACCAGAUGAUUAUGGUCUUGUUCAACAACUUAUUCCCGAUGCUAUUCAACGAUAUCACAGAGUUUUACAACAAAAAAAUAUUCAAGUUACAGUUGAUGAUAAGAAUUUCUUACGUGACGAUUUAGCUGGUGGUGUUGAACUUUAUGGAAUGGAUGGAAAAAUUCAUGUAUCAAAUACAAUUGAAGCUCGUCUUGAACUAAUUUUUCAUCAAAUGUUACCCGAAAUUCGACGAGACUUGUUCGGUAUUAAUCAACAUCGCAAAUAUUAUUAUUAA